CCCAUGGUGACGGCGGAACAUGGCGAGAGUUUGCGGUGGGAAAGGAAGGAGCCGCCGGGAGAGAAAUCAGACUUUCUGCAGCGUUUCCCGAGCGCUUUCUGGACACUAACGCGUUGUUUUAACGCUGAGAAAGGGGUCCGGCGCCUUUUUAUUUCAUUAGUUUUGUUCAAACGGCAACACCUGCCCGUGUAUCGCCGCUCCAGACGCAGAAACCGAGUCGCUGUGUUUGUUUGUUUGUUUGUUUUUGUUUUUUGACUUGGAAAGUUUGUUGUUGUUGUCGUCGCGGAUUGCAACAUUUAAAACAGAAGAGAGAGAGAGAGAGACAGGAGAGAGAUCCAGGGUGUGGAUCAUCUUGAUAAGACACGCGAAGAGCGCCCAGGUGUUAUUGGGAGCCUCUCUUUAUAUUAUACGCGGACAGGAGCAUUAGCAAGCGCUGUGCGUGUUUGUAAUCUGGAAAUGUAAUUCUUGACGGCGACCCUCGCUUUUGUUUUUAAUAAAAAAUCAUUGGUUUGGGUUUAGUUUAGGUACCGUUUUUCUGUUCAUCUUUUUUGGAUCGGAUUCGUUUGAACCCGGGUCCCAGCAUCGAUGGCGUGGGCUCUGAAACUGCCCCUGUCUGACGAAGUGAUCGAGUCGGGGCUGGUGCAAGACUUCGAUGCAAGUCUCUCCGGUAUAGGCCAGGAGCUCGGAGCCGGGGCAUACAGCAUGAGUGAUGUGCUUGCGCUGCCCAUCUUCAAGCAGGAGGAGUCGAACCUCCCCCCCGACACAGAGAACAAGAUCCUGCCGUUCCAGUACGUGCUGUGCGCCGCCACCUCCCCCGCCAUCAAGCUGCACGAUGAGACCCUCACCUACCUGAACCAAGGGCAGUCCUAUGAGAUCCGCAUGCUGGACAACAGGAAGAUGGGGGAACUGCCUGAACUCACAGGGAAGAUGGUGAAGAGUAUUAUCCGUGUGGUGUUUCAUGACCGGCGGCUGCAGUACACAGAGCACCAGCAGCUGGAGGGCUGGAGGUGGAACCGACCCGGCGACCGGAUCCUGGACCUGGACAUCCCGAUGUCGGUGGGAAUGAUCGACCCGCGAGCGAACCCGACUCAGCUCAACACUGUGGAGUUCCUGUGGGACCUGUCCAAAAGGACCUCUGUCUUCAUUCAGGUUCACUGCAUCAGCACGGAGUUCACCAUGCGCAAGCACGGCGGGGAGAAGGGGGUCCCCUUCCGCGUGCAGAUCGACACCUUCAAAGAGAACGAGAACGGGGAGUACACCGAGCACCUGCACUCCGCUAGCUGCCAGAUCAAAGUGUUCAAGCCCAAGGGAGCGGACCGGAAGCAGAAGACUGAUCGUGAGAAAAUGGAAAAGAGGACCCCACAGGAGAAGGAGAAAUACCAGCCCUCCUACGAUACCACCAUCCUGACCGAGUGCUCACCCUGGCCCGAGGUCUCCUAUGUGUCCAACUCUCCAGCUCCCAGUUUCACCAGCUCGCACUCCAGCUUCACAGUGGCAGAGGGUAACAGCUCCCCAACUCACCAGCCUGAGCAUGCUGCUGCACAGACCCCUGAUUUAUCCUGCACUACCCUAAGAAGCGAGUGUCCAAGCAGCCAGAACCUGUUGCCCACGGCGACGCCGCAGGAAGCCCAGCAGUGGCUGCUCCGGAAUCGCUUCUCAUCGUUCUGUCGGCUCUUCAACAACUUCUCAGGGACUGACCUGCUGAAGCUGACCCGCGAGGAUGUCAUUCAGAUCUGCGGACCGGCCGAUGGGAUCCGUCUGUUCAACGCUGUGAAGGGCCGGGUGGUUCGUCCCAGACUCACUAUCUAUGUGUGCCAGGAGUCCCAGCAGACCCGCGAGCAGCAGAAACACGAGAACGGAGACGCGCCCGGGGGCACCUUCUUCGUGUAUCACGCCAUCUACCUGGAGGAGCUGACGGCACUGGAGCUCACUGAGAAGAUCGCCCAGCUUUUCAGCAUCUCCCCUCAGCAGAUCAGCCAGAUCUACAAGCAGGGUCCCACGGGGAUCCACGUGCUGGUCUGUGACGAGAUGCUGCUUAAUUUCCAGGACGAGUCCUGCUUCAUUCUGGACACCAUGAAAGCAGAAACCAGUGACAGCUACCAUAUAAUCCUGAAGUGAGGAACCUGGCCAAUGGGAGCCGAGCUUUAAAGCGUCCACCAUGCCCCUCCCACCUCCAUUCAGCCCCCCUACAGCCCUUCAGCAAAUGCAUGCCUUUCUGUACAAAAAAAAUUCCCUGACACAGCCCGGCUUGACUCUCAUUGUGUCGCGUAGUGUAUGGAUGUCACCAGCAGGGGGCGAGAGCGGUUUGUUUUAAGGUUAGAGCUGGGUGCCUUCUCUCCUACCACCGCCUCCCCUCCAAGUAAACUUUCUGUUUUGACCCACCCCUGCAAGACUGCAGUUUCGAGCGACCAAUUAAAGACAGACAUGGGCAUUUUAAUGCAGCGCUCCUGCCACAGGAGAGCAGAAAUCAACCAGUCUGGGGGGAGCAGCACAGUCUGGACGAUUUAACCCCUGGCUGCCUGGACCGAGAGAGACUCGGACACUGUUCUGUGUUGGUUCGGCAGGAGCAGCGUGUUGCAUAUUUGGACUGAAGAAAGAAAAAAAAAACUAAAUGAAUUGCAAUAGAACCAAGAGGAAGAACUCCAUUCAAGGUUUCUUUAUCUUUGUGUGUGUGUGUGUGUUUUUGUUUUUAAAUGUUUUCCACGUUGGUACGGGCCACAGAGACUGGUAUUUACAAAUCGUGACGUGCAAAAAAACUUUUAUGGGAUUACAAAGAAAAAAACUUGUGUGAAAAAAAGUAAUCCUGCCUGCUUGUGUAAUUUUAUUAGGGUUAUCAAACAGGAGGGCUUGCCAGUGCAGACAGACAGCACUGCGGCUUGCAGCAGCGAAGGGAGAGGUGGACUGGGGGACUGGGGUU